GAAAGGCGAGAAACCAGAGCUCCUCGUUUUCGCUCAGAAAAAGAGCGUGUGAGCGCAUACUACCGCCAAGUGCUGGAUCCUUGAUUCACACCGGCACGGUUAGAGAAGACUAGCAGAUAAUCUGAGUUUGUCGGUAGGAGCCAGCAGUGGCCGCUCUCCUCAUCGGUGGUGAAUGGUUUGGGAGGCACGCUACGAGUAGGUUUCGUCCCGAGUUUACAAAAGUCAACAGUGGUAUACGGAAUAGGUUCACACUACAGAUUGUAAGUUACUGCCAAUAGCAACCACAACCCAGCGAAUUAAUUCGGGCUUGCCCGGCGGGGCUUCUUGGAUCUAAUCAUCACAGAUGUCGGACUGGUAACCGUGGAAGUGUAGACACAGAGCCUAGCCCUGAAGAAAGGAAUUCAAAUGGUGAUACAGGCAACAUAACCACUUUCAUCAACAUGGGUGAAAGCAGUGAUGGAAAAUGGUUCUUGUCCUUCAAGAAAUGGGCCAGAUACAAAUCACCUAUUGCAACGGAAAUUUGUGAGCUGUUAAUGGUACAAUCAACAUCAGGCACACCCAAUGUACAGGAUCUGAUUGAAGUUUUCAACAAGUGGAAUAUUUGCAAUCUGGAUAAUUCGCAAACCAAUAGAAAAUUUGAUGAUGACAUCACUCAACUUUGUGAAGUUUUCCAAACUGUAUUUAAGAGAAAUGACAGAGCCUCAACGCAGCUUUGCCCUUCCAUGCUGUAUCUUCAUUAUCAGCUCCAGAAAUUACUCUGCAGAAUGAGUGGCCGGAGGUCCCUUUUUGGCAAAACAUCUUCACUCCGCACUUUGCUGCAAGAAUGUCUUGUCAGCUCUCUCGCAGAGUUGUCAGAAGACUUGGAUUCAUCAUUCAUUACUGAUGGGAUGUGGACAAAGAAUAUGGUGAGUCUCAUCGUAGCCACUGGCCACUCAAAAGAACAGGGUGUAUUUGCCCCACUCGCUCAACAGCUCUCAACCAGCAAUGGUUUCUGCAAUCCUGAUACACAAAUCAUGAAGGCAUACUUCACCCUGCUGCGUCUUGAUAUGAAGUACAACAUUCUGAAUGGAAAACAAUCGACAUUCUGGAACGAACGUCAUUUCCAUCAUGAGUUGUUGAGCCAAUUGAAAACACCGCAAGACUCGGAACUCUACUUGAACGGACUUUGCCGAUUACUAAACGAAUGCAAACUGGCUGAGUCGUUGAUUCCUCUUGGUUCUCAACCUGCUUCUCAACUCCUCAAAGGGCUCUACAACGGUUCAUACACCACUGAAGAAGACCACUUUCCUUCGCAAAGAGCAUGCGAGUUAGCUCACCAACUGCAGGACUUUAUUAUGGAUGAGUCUGAUUGUGCGUUGCUGUGGAAGACUGUCUUUGGCUAUCUGACACCAUACACUGACGUUAUGCUGAGCUCCAGUUUGCUGAUCAGCCUUGCUAUACUCUGUGAUGUUGAUAUUCUUGUGCGCGCCUUACAAGCGGUGUCACGCCAUGGUGGCAUCAGCUGCAUUCUUUCACUAUUGAAAGAAAUUUACAGUGAUGAUGCUCUCACGACAGUCAUCAGUGAAUGCCUGUUAGCAGCAUUUGAGAAAUAUUUGCAAACAUCAACUGAAGUUGUUCCUGCCACACUAAUUGAGAGGUUCUUCUUGGAUCUUCCCGAGAAAGGCGAGCCACUUGUGAAAGCAAUGUUCAACGUUUGUGUCCUGGAGGCUACCCUAGAUCAACAGAGGCAGUUGUUAAAUGACGCACAUGACUUUGGCUGCCUUGUUGACAGUGUGUCUAGAAUCCAACCCACCCUUGUGGAAUCCAACAUCAGCGCAAUUGUACUGCUUCUCAAGCAGGAAAACCCAAGCUUGAUUUUUGAUGUUCUGCGUUACAGCUUGUUUCUUCGCAAUGUCCAACUGACUGAUAGUAUGCAGGUGAAGGUAAAUGAUGUACUCAACACUCGGAAAUUGCCCACAAAUAGUGAUCAUCAUGGUCCUGACCUACUCCCAGGCAGUGAUAUUCUGCAGUCAUCCCGCGAUAAAUUGUUGGUGCCAUCCCAACAAAUUCAGACAUUGUCAACUGCCAUCAUCGACUGCAUGAAAGCCUUAGAAGAAAGCCAAGCAAGAGUGACAGAGCAGUCAUUGGCUUGGGUUUUGUGGAAGAAGCUCUGUGCCGAAGCAUCUGAAUUUCUAAUCGCAAGGUACAUUGAAUAUCCUCAGCAAACGCUGGACAGCUUUGUGAAAUAUUUCGUGGAAUCUUCAAACCGGCCAGCAUUCCUACAUGUGUGCGAAUGGUUGCUGUAUACCAAGUUCCUCCAGGCUUGCAUUGCCAUCAAUCCAAGAAUGUGGCUACAAGGACACUGCCACAUCAUUGUCAGAAGAUGUCAAUAUUUGAUUUCACAUCUUUGCUGUGACCCAAUUUGCAAAAGUGCUAAUUGCAACUCCAGUCCCAGCAGCAACUCCAGUCCCAGCAGCAACACCAGUCCCAGCAGCAACAGUGGUGACAGUCCAAACAGCAACAGUGGUGACAGUCCCAGCAGCAGUUGUGACAGUACUGACAGCAGUACCGCCCACAGUACCGGCAGCAGUACGGACAGCAGCACCGGCAGCAGCACCGGCGGCAAUAUUGUCAGCAGCGCCGGCAGCAGUACCGGCGGCAGUACCGCCCACAGUACUGGCAGCAGUACCGGCAGCAGCACCGGCAGCAGUACCGGCAGCAGUAAUGACAGCAGCGCCGGCAGCAGCACCGGCAGCAGCGCCGGCAACAGUACCGGCGACAGUACCGGCGGCAGUACCGGCAGCAGCACCGGCAGCAGCACCGGCAGCAGUACCGGCAGCAGUACCGGCAGCAGCACCGGCAGCAGCACCGGCAGCAGCACCGGCAGCAGCACCGGCAGCAGCACCGGCAGCAGUACCGGCAGCAGUACCGGCAGCAGCACCGGCAGCAGUGCCGGCAGCAGCACCGGCAGCAGUACCGGCAGCAGCACCGACAGCAGCACUGGCCGCAGCAACGGCAGCAGCACCGGCAGCAGCACCGGCCGCAGUACUGUCCGCAGUACCGGCAGCAGCACCGGCAGCAGCACCGGCAGCAGCACCGGCGGCAGUACCGGCGGCAGUACCGGCGGCAGUACCGGCAGCAGCAGCACCGGCAGCAGCACCGGCAGCAGCACCGGCAGCAGCACCGGCAGCAGCAUCGACAGCAGCACCGGCAGCAGCACCGGCAGCAGUACCAGCAGCAGCACCGGCAGCAGCACCGGCAGCAGAACCGGCAGUAGUACUGACAGCAGCACCGGCAGAACUACUGACAGCAGCACCGGCAGCAGCACCGGCAGCAGUAAUGGCAGCAGCACAGGCAGCAGUACCGGCAGCAGUACCGGCAGCAGUACCGGCGGCAGUACCGGCAUCAGCACUGGCAGCAGCACCGGCAGCAGUACUGACAGCAGUACCGGCAGCAGCACCGGCAGCAGCACGGGCAGCAGCACCGGCAGCAGUACCGGCAGUAGAACUGACAGCAGCACCGGCAGAAGUACUGACAGCAGCACCGGCAGCAGCACCGGCAGCAGUAAUGGCAGCAGCACCGGCGGCAGUACCGGCAGCAGUACCGGCAGUAGCACCGGCGGCAGCACCGGCGGCAGCACCGGCAGCAGCACCGGCAGCAGCACCGGCAGCAGUACCGGCAUCAGCACCGGCAGCAGCACCGGCAGCAGUACUGACAGCAGCACCGGCGGCAGUACCGGCGGCAGUACCGGCAGCAGCACCGGCAGCAGCACCGGCAGCAGCACCGGCAGCAGUACUGACAGCAGCACCGGCAGCAGUACCGGCAGCAGUACCGGCAGCAUUACUGACAGCAGUACCGGCAGCAGCACCGGCAGCAGCACCGGCAGCAGUACCGGCAGCAGCACCGGCAGCAGCACCGGCAGCAGUACCAGCAGUAGUACUGACAGCAGCACGAGCAGAAGUACUGACAGCAGCACCGGCAGCAGCACCGGCAGCAGUACCGGCAGCAGUACCGGCAGCAGUACCGGCAGCAGCACCGGCAGCAGCACCGGCAGCGGCACCGGCAGCAGUACCGGCAGCAGUACUGACAGCAGCACCGGCGGCAGUACCGGCAGCAGCACCGGCGGCAGUACCGGCAUCAGCACCGGCGGCAGUACCGGCAUCAGCACCCGCAGCAGCGCCGGCAGCAGUACUGACAGCAGUACCGGCAGCAGCACCGGCAGCAGCACCGGCAGCAGCACCGGCAGCAGUACCGGCAGUAGUACUGACAGCAGCACCGGCAGAAGUACUGACAGCAGCACCGGUAGCAGUAAUGGCAGCAGCACCGGCAGCAGUACCGGCAGCAGCAGCACCGGCAGCAGUCCCGGCAGCAGUACUGACAGCAGCACCGGCAGCAGUAAUGGCGUCAGCACCGGCAGCAGCACCGGCAGCAGCACUGGCAGCAGUACCGGCAUCAGCACCGGCAGCAGCACCGGCAGCAGUACUGGCGGCAGUACCGGCGGCAGUACCGGCAGCAGCACCGGCAGCAGCACCGGCAGCAGCACCGGCAGCAGCACCGGCAGCAGCACCGGCAGCAGCACCGGCAUCAGCACCGGCAGCAGCACCGGCAGCAGUACUGACAGCAGUACCGCCAGCAGCAACGGCAGCAGCACCAGCAGCAGUACCGGCAGCAGCACCGGCAGCAGCACCGGCAGCAGUACAGGCAGCAGUACUGACAGCAGCACCGGCAGCAGCACCGGCAGCAGUAAUGGCAGCAGCACCGGCAGCAGUACCGGCGCCAGUACCGGCAGCAGCACCGGCGGCAGUACCGGCAGCAGUUCCGGCAGUAGUACCGGCAGCAGAACUGACAGCAGCACCGGCAGCAGUAAUGACAGCAGCGCCGGCAGCAGCACCGGCAGCAGCACCGGCAGCAGUACCGGCAGCAGCACCGGCAGCAGCACCGGCAGCAGCACCGGCAGCAGCACCGGCAGCAGCACCGGCAGCAGCACCGGCAGCAGUACCGGCGGCAAUACCGGCAGCAGCACCGGCAGCAGCACCGGCAGCAGCAUCGGCAGCAGCAUCGGCAGCAGUACUGACAGCAGCACCGGCAGCAGCACCGGCAGCAGCACCGGCAGCAGCACCGGCAGCAGCACCGGCAGCAGAACCGGCAGUAGUACUGACAGCAGCACCGGCAGAACUACUGACAGCAGCACCGGCAGCAGCACCGGCAGCAGUAAUGGCAGCAGCACAGGCAGCAGUACCGGCAGCAGUACCGGCAGCAGUACCGGCGGCAGUACCGGCAUCAGCACUGGCAGCAGCACCGGCAGCAGUACUGACAGCAGUACCGGCAGCAGCACCGGCAGCAGCACGGGCAGCAGCACCGGCAGCAGUACCGGCAGUAGAACUGACAGCAGCACCGGCAGAAGUACUGACAGCAGCACCGGCAGCAGCACCGGCAGCAGCACCGGCAGCAGUACCGGCAGCAGCACCGGCAGCAGCACCGGCGGCAGCACCGGCGGCAGCACCGGCGGCAGCAACGGCAGCAGCACCGGCAGCAGCACCGGCAGCAGUACCGGCAUCAGCACCGGCAGCAGCACCGGCAGCAGUACUGACAGCAGCACCGGCGGCAGUACCGGCGGCAGUACCGGCAGCAGCACCGGCAGCAGCACCGGCAGCAGCACCGGCAGCAGUACUGACAGCAGCACCGGCAGCAGUACCGGCAGCAGUACCGGCAGCAUUACCGGCAUCAGCACCGGCAGCAGCACCGGCAGCAGUACUGACAGCAGUACCGGCAGCAGCACCGGCAGCAGCACCGGCAGCAGUACCGGCAGCAGCACCGGCAGCAGCACCGGCAGCAGUACCAGCAGUAGUACUGACAGCAGCACGAGCAGAAGUACUGACAGCAGCACCGGCAGCAGUAAUGGCAGCAGCACCGGCAGCAGUACCGGCAGCAGUACCGGCAGCAGUACCGGCAGCAGCACCGGCAGCAGCACCGGCAGCAGCACCGGCAGCAGUACCGGCAGCAGUACUGACAGCAGCACCGGCAGCAGUACCGGCAGCAGUACCGGCGGCAGUACCGGCAUCAGCACCGGCGGCAGUACCGGCAUCAGCACCGGCAGCAGCGCCGGCAGCAGUACUGACAGUAGUACCGGUAGCAGCACCGGCAGCAGCACCGGCAGCAGCACCGGCAGCAGUACCGGCAGUAGUACUGACAGCAGCACCGGCAGAAGUACUGACAGCAGCACCGGCAGCAGUAAUGGCAGCAGCACCGGCAGCAGUACCGGCAGCAGCAGCACCGGCAGCAGUCCCGGCAGCAGUACUGACAGCAGCACCGGCAGCAGUAAUGGCGGCAGCACCGGCAGCAGCACCGGCAGCAGCACUGGCAGCAGUACCGGCAUCAGCACCGGCAGCAGCACCGGCAGCAGUACUGGCGGCAGUACCGGCGGCAGUACCGGCAGCAGCACCGGCAGCAGCACCGGCAGCAGCACCGGCAGCAGCACCGGCAGCAGCACCGGCAUCAGCACCGGCAGCAGCACCGGCAGCAGUACUGACAGCAGUACCGCCAGCAGCAACGGCAGCAGCACCAGCAGCAGUACCGGCAUCAGCACCGGCAGCAGCACCGGCAGCAGUACAGGCAGCAGUACUGACAGCAGCACCGGCAGCAGCACCGGCAGCAGUAAUGGCAGCAGCACCGGCAGCAGUACCGGCGCCAGUACCGGCAGCAGCACCGGCGGCAGUACCGGCAGCAGUUCCGGCAGUAGUACCGGCAGCAGAACUGACAGCAGCACCGGCAGCAGUAAUGACAGCAGCGCCGGCAGCAGCACCGGCAGCAGCACCGGCAGCAGCACCGGCAGCAGUACCGGCAGCCGUACCGGCAGCAGCACCGGCAGCAGCACCGGCAGCAGCACCGGCAGCAGCACCGGCAGCAGCACCGGCCUCAGCACCGGCAGCAGCACCGGCCGCAGCACCGGCAGCAGCACCGGCAGCAGCACAGGCAGCAGGACCGGCCGCAGUACCGGCGGCAGCACCGGCGGCAGCACCGGCGGCAGCACCGGCGGCAGCACCGGCGGCAGCACCGGCGGCAGCACCGGCGGCGGCACCGGCGGCGGCACCGGCGGCGGCACCGGCGGCGGCACCGGCGGCGGCACCGGCGGCGGCACCGGCGGCGGCACCGGCGGCGGCACCGGCGGCGGCACCGGCGGCGGCACCGGCGGCGGCACCGGCGGCGGCACCGGCGGCGGCACCGGCGGCGGCACCGGCGGCAGCACCGGCGGCAGCACCGGCGGCAGCACCGGCGGCAGCACCGGCGGCAGCACCGGCGGCAGCACCGGCGGCAGCACCUGCGGCAGUACCGGCGGCAGUACCGUCAGCAGCACCGGGCGCAGUACUGGCAGUACCGGCGGCAGUACCGGCGGCAGUACCUGCGGCAGUACCGACGGCAGUACCGGCAGCACCGGCGGCAGCACCGGCCGCAGCACCGGCCGCAGCACCGGCGGCAGCACCGGCGGCAGCACCGGCGGCAGCACCGGCAGCAGCACCAGCAGCAGUACCAGCGGCAGUACAGCCAUGUCCAGUUUCUCUGGAAAUGGCUGCAAAAGUAGCAACCACAGGAGUGGAAGCUGUGACUGCACUGAAAGGGGUGGUGGACUCUGCGGUGACGAAAAUUGCAGUGAAACUAUUGAUCUAAAAGAACAAAGCACUGCAAACAACACUGGAGCAAGCAAUAGCUUUAGCGGUAACGACACUUUCAAUGGUUGCCAUGAAGACAAGUGCUUUUCGUCACAAAAUCUUCUGGAUAAAGACUGCUUCCAGUGGUAUUGGAAUAUCAAAAAUGCCAUACAUCAAGACCACAUUAACAUCAGCAUGACCAAUGAUGAUACUUCCUGGAAAGUUUAUAUGACAGAACGUCAACAGCUCAACAACGUUUUCAGUGUGUUUGAUCUUACCGCUUUCCAGGAACAUGAUGUGCCAGCAAAUCUUCGUGCAAAACACCAACACCUUGAAGAUAUGCUGCGUACAAUACAUUGGCUUAAAAAGAGUGGUGUUAACAACCUUGACCAGCACAUUGUUGACCAACUUGAAAGAAUCCAAGCUGUGAAGGCGCCUACGUACAUUGAUCUUUGCUCUGCGUAUUCAUCCGCCGAUGGGCUGUUGAAGCCUCUACAGUGCACACUGCAGCCUAUCUCUCCAGCAGUGGACUUUGUUACCGGUUGUACAGUCUACGACUUCUUGCAGUACUUUCUAUCAACGAAGACCAGUGCUCUGUUUUCAGCAGUCCUAGCCAUGUACUGCCAGCCAGAAUCUCAAUGUGCUCUUGAAGAGAUGGUGUCCAAAUUGCAGGCUUCUCACACAUUCAUGUGUAGCAUCUUGUUGUCGGAGGUGUCUGUCAAAUCACUUCAUCUCAUUAGCAAACAAAUCGGACAUGCGGAUAUGAAGGCAGAGCUUGCUAAGUUGUCUUCGUUUCCAACAUAUUCACCACUCCUGGACGGCCAUGGGGCAGAGGACCUAUUCGCAACUAUUGAGCAGCUAAUGUCAGUAAUGAGGUAUAGGUCUUGGGCACCAACAAUCCUGGAUGUGUUCCAAACCAACGGAAUGAUUAGUGUUUCAGCAAGUACCACUGACAAUGAUAUCAAAGCAAUCCAAGAGCUCUUGUCUGUCAGCCUUGAUUGCCUCCCUUUGAAGAGUGCGACAGCAGUUUUCAAUCAACUGCCAGACUUUUUCAAAGACCUCGAUUCUGACCAUAUGGAACUAAUUCGAGAAAUGCAGCUGCAGUCUAGUCUGGUCCAGUUCCUGAAGGAAUCCAACCUUUUCACGUACCCAGACCUGAAUGAUCACUUACAUCAACAUAUCAGUUGUCAGACAAUCACAGAGCCACAGGAAUCCAGUUUUCUCACCUGUCUGAUAACGUGCCAGGAGUACUUAGACCCGUUUGUUCCUCAUCAGCCCUCCAGUCUCAAUGAUGCAAUGGGUAGAGUGACACAGCUUCAACUAACGACAGAGAGCAUUGAAGAUGUUGUAACAGCUGGACAGUAUCUUGCCCGAAUUUGUCAGGCUCAAUGUGAUGGUAGUUACGACCCGAUCAUUUUGACAGCACUUGGAUCACGCUUUAGACGACUGAUCACAUCAGCAUUCAGCAGUUCACCUAUGGCAAUGGAACUACAUGAUGUCUUGCUGAAGCAAUUGGCAUUAGGCACAUCAGAUGUAACAGCUCUGAAUGAUCUCUUUCACAAAUGGAAGACAGACAACCUGGUUCAUUCACAAGGAAAUGAACGGUUCGAUGAUGAUCUUACUCAACUCUGCCAGGUAGUCGAGUUGGUGUUCAAGAACGAGAAUAGAGUCCCAGAACACUUGUGCCCAUGCCUAAUACAUCUUCAAUGUCAACUUGGACAACUGUUGUCAAAUUUGACUGACUGGAGUUCCUUUGCUAAUAGAAUAUCCAAGAAAGACUCACUCAGCACUUCUCUCCAAGAAUCCCUAGUCAAUUCUCUGGCUGGCUUUCCAGACAAUAUGGACUCACUGUUCAUCGCUGAUAACAAAUGUACAAAGAACAUGAGAUGCCUUGUGGAAUUCAAUACACAGUCCGAAGAACAAAGUGUGUUUGCAUCACUUGCUGAGCAGCUCUCGAUUUGCAGUGAUUUCUGUAAUCCAGGGAAACGUACCAUGAAGGCCUAUCUCACCCUUCUGCGUCUUGACAUGAAAUACAACAUGCAGAAUGGAAAGCAAUGGACAUUCUGGCAUGAGCAUCAUUUUCAUCGUGAGUUUUUCAGCUGUUUGACAACACAGCAAGAUUCGAAUCUCUUCUUGAAUGGUUUUCAGAACACACUGGACAAAUGUAAACAGGCUGGAUUGUUGAUUCCUCUUGGAGUUCAGACUAUGUGUCAAAUCAUCAAAGGGCUCUACAGCAUUUCAACUACGACUCAGCAAGAUGAGCUGUCUCCAAUGAAGGUAUAUGAGCUUGUUGAGCUGUUCCAUGGUUUUUUUGUUGAAGAUUUCGACAGCAAUUUGCUGUGGAAGACUGUCUUUGAUAUCCUGUUGCCGUGCAAGGACAUCAAACUGCCUGCCCACUUGCUGAUUCAUUUGGCUAAAAUAUGUGAAGUUGAAGUUCUUUUUUGUGCCUUGCAAGCCGUGUCACGAAAUGGUGGGGCUGAAGGAAUCUCAGCACUGCUAAUUGAAGUUAUCCAGGAUGAAACAAUCACCACAACCAUUGUGGAGCCACUACUUGCUGCAUUUAAGCAAUACUUACGCCGGGUAGCUGAGCCUAUACCUGCUACACUCAUCCAUAGUUACUUUCUGCAUCUACCAAGGAAGGGCAGAGAAUUUGCAACAGCUGUUUUUGACUCAUGUGUGGUAGGAGCAAACCAAGCUCAGCAAUCAAACUUGGAGCAGACACCAGGUACCUUUGGCAGACUUGUGGACCUUGUUGCCUCCAAACAACCCAUGCUCAUUGAAUCUAACAUCAUCAGGAUCAUCUCAAUUCUGAAGGCGGCAUGCCCACAGAGAACAUUCCAUAUACUAACAUACAGCAAAAAGCUCUGCACUAUCGAGCUGGAUGAUUCUGCUAAAUCUGCAGUGCAGAAAAUGUCCUACGGUUGGUCACGGUCUCUCCUAGGCGGAACGUCUCAACAGCGCACACAAUCUGACUCAAACAGGAGCUGUGAGCCAACAAAGAUGCAAAAGGUAUCCCAAUACCUCAUAGAUGCAAUGUCUAUGCUGGGAAAUUCUCUUGCCAGCACAACAAAGUCCUCACUAGCCUGGAUUUGGUGGUUGCAAUUAUGCCAAGAAGCAUCAACUUUGAUAAUUCCAUGGUUUAACACAAAUCCUCAAGACACAAUCAACAGCUUUGUGGUACACUUUGUCUCAUGUGCAAAACGGCCUUUAUUUCUGCACUCAUGUGAAUGGGCAUUGUACUGCGAGAUAUUUCAUAAAUGUCUUGCUUCGAACCCAAGGAUGUGGUUACUAGGCAACUUUUAUAUCAUAGUGCGCCGAUGUCAUUACCUGUUUUCACAACUUUGUGGCGUCACGGAUGAUGGCAACAAAAGUAUUGAAAAUAGCAGUGACAGUGACAGCAGCAGCACCAGCCUUAGCAACAGCGACAGCACUGGCAGCAAUAAGAGCCUCAUCGACAACAGCGGCAUCGGCAAGAGCAGCACCAGCCUCAGCAACAGCUCUACCAACGACAAGUUUACUGUCAUGGAAGGUAUUCCCCUGGACAGGAAUUGGUUUUUGUGGUUCCAAAAGAUCAAGGGCAUGAUUGAAAAUGACUACAAAUGUAUCACUGAGCGUAAUUACAAUAAACACACCUGUCGACAAUACAUCAAAGAAAAGCACCAGCUUGUGAAGUCAUUCAACGUGUUUCCAGCAACAACAGUUAAAGAUGGUUUGGUUAUCCCAUCAGUUGACGACCUCUACUCCAAAUUGGAAAAGCAACUAAAAACCAUCCGUUGGUUACAAAAUCAUGGUGUAAGCAACCUGGAUCAACAGUCAAUGCAAAUGUUGCAACGUGUACAGGAGGAUGAGUGUCUUUGGUAUCAUGACCUUUGUAGUGCACUAGGAGCAGCAGGUGCAAUGUUGAAGCCUCUACAGUGCACACUGCAGCCUAUCUCUCCAGCAGUGGACUUUGUUACCGGUUGUACAGUCGACGACUUCUUCCAGUACUUUCUAUCAACGAAGACCAGUGCUCUGUUUUCAGCAGUCCUAGCCAUGUACUGCCAGCCAGAAUCUCAAUGUGCUCUUGAAGAGAUGGUGUCCAAAUUGCAAGCUUCUCACACAUUCAUGUGUAGCAUCUUGUUAUCGGAGGUGUCUGUCAAAUCACUUCACCUGAUCAGCAAACAAAUCGGACGUGCUGAUAUGAAGGCGGAGCUUGCUAAUUUGUCUUCGUUUCCAGCAUAUUCACCACUCCUCGACAGCCGUGGGGCAGAGGACCUAUUCGCAACUAUUGAGCAGCUAUUGUUGGUAAUGAUGUACUUAUCUUGGGCACCAACAAUCCUGGAUGUGUUCCAAACCAACGGAAUAAUUGUUGCGUCUGGAAAGAGCUCUGAUGAAGAUAUCAAAACCAUCCAUGAUCUCUUGUCUAUGAGCCUUGGAGACGUGUGUUUGAAGGAUAUGGUGAAGUCUUUGACACAAGUGGCGAACCUGUUCAAAGGUUUUAAUCAAAUCCACUUUGAUUUAGUGACAGAGGUGAACAAACAAGGAGACCUGAUUAAACUGCUGAAAGAACGCAAGGUGUUUACUGAUCCAAGGCUAUGCGAUCGCAUAUGUCACUGGUUACGCAGACAGCCGUGUGGAGGGUCUGUGGACUGCAGCUAUCUGGUCUCUCUGAUUGCUAGCAAUGACUGCUUAGCUCCAUUCAUUCAGCCCAAACCAUCGAGCCUUUGUGAUGCCAUUGGCAGAGUUAAGCGGCUUCAACCAACUCCAGAGACCAUUGAACAUGUCAGGGCAGCCGGUCAGAAAGUGGUCUGUUCCAGUCAGAUGCAACGAAGCAACACGGAGAAUAUAUUGGUUCCCAACAAUGAGAAACUGGAAAUUUCAACGGAUACUAAACCUUCCUGGGCAGGCUCUUUGAUUGGAGAAAUUUGGUCACGCUUAAAUAAACUGAACACAACAGAAUCACAGGAUCCGAGUUUGGCAAUGGAUCUGCAUUAUCUGUUGCUGACGCAAUCAAUUUCAGGCACACCAGAUGUUGACGCUCUUCAUGUCCUCUUCAACAAAUGGAAUGCCAACUUGGCGGACAUGUCCAAGACGCUCUGCGAUAGUAUACCUCAAGUCUGUGAAGUAUUCCAAACAAUGUUCAAGGAAAUGGAUGACGUCUCCGCUCAGAUGAUCCCAUGCCUCCUGUAUCUUCACGAUCAAAUACAAAAUCUCCUGGCAAGGAUGGGUUAUCAGAAAUUUGGCAAGACUUCAAUGAGAAAGUCACUGAUUACCAUGUUGCAAGAAUGUAUUGUUACUUGUAUGGCUAGCUUCCCAGACCAGCUUGAUUCACUGUUCAUCUCUGAAAAGAAGUGUACAAAGAACAUGAGAUCCCUUGUGGAAUUCAAUACGCAGUCGAAAGGCCGCAAGGUAUUUGCACAACUUGCCCAGCAGCUCUCAAGUUGUACUGAUUUCUACGACCCAGGCACACGAGUCAUGGAGGCAUAUCAGACAAUGCUACGACUUGACAUCAAGCACAGCUCCUUGAAUGGCGAACAGUGGACGUUCUGGCGCGAGCACCACUUCCGUCAAGAACAUUUCACCCUGCUACAAUCCAAGGGAGUUGUAGGGACCUUCUUGAAUGGUUUUCAGAACACACUGGACAAAUGUAAACAGGCUGGAUUGUUCAUUCCUCUUGGAGUUCAAGCUAUGUGUCUAAUCAUCAAAGGGCGCUACAGCAUUUCAGCUACCACUCAGCAAGAUAAGCUGUCUCCAAUGAAGGCGUGUGAGCUUAUUCAGCAGUACAAUGGUUAUUUUGUUCACGAUUUCGACAGGAAUUUGCUGUGGAAGACUGUCUUUGAUAUCCUGUUGCCGUGCAAGGACGUCAAACUGCCUGCCCGCCUGCUGAUCCAUUUGGCCAAAAUAUGUGAAGUUGAAGUUCUUUUUUGUGCCUUGCAAGCCGUGUCACGAAAUGGUGGGGCUGAAGGAAUCUCAGCACUGCUAAUUGAAGUUAUCCAGGAUGAAACAAUCACCACAACCAUUGUGGAGCCACUACUUGCUGCAUUUAAGCAAUACUUAUGCCGGGUAGCUGAGCCUAUACCUGCUACACUCAUCCAUAGUUACUUUCUGCAUCUACCAAGGAAGGGCAGAGAAUUUGCAACAGCUGUUUUUGACUCAUGUGUGGUAAGAGCAAACCAAGCUCAGCAAUCAAACUUGGAGCAGACACCAAGUACCUUUGGCAGACUUGUGGACCUUGUUGCCUCCAAACAACCCAUGCUCAUUGAAUCUAACAUCAUCAGGAUCAUCUCAAUUCUGAAGGCGGCAUGCCCACAGAGAACAUUCCAUUUACUAACAUACAGCAAAAAGCUCUGCACUAUCGAGCUGGAUGAUUCUGCUAAAUCUGCAGUGCAGAAAAUGUCCUACGAAUGGUCACGGUCUCUCCUAGGCGGAACAUCUCAACAGUUUAGACAAUCAGACGCAAACAGAAGCUGUGAGCCAACAAAGAUACAAAAGGUAUCCCAAUACCUCGUUGAUGCAAUGUCUAUACUGGGAAAUUCUCUAGCCAGCACAACAAAGUCCUCACUAGCCUGGAUUUGGUGGUUACAAUUAUGCCAAGAAGCAUCAGCUUUGAUAAUUCCAUGGUUUAACACCAAUCCUCAAGACACAAUCAACAGCUUUGUGGCAAACUUUGUCUCAUCUGCAAAACGGCCUUUAUUUCUGCACUCAUGUGAAUGGGCAUUGUACAGCGUGAUAUUUCAUAAAUGUCUUGCUUCGAACCCAAGGAUGUGGUUACUAGGCAACUUUUAUGUCAUAGUGCGCCGAUGUCAUUACCUGUUUUCUCAACUUUGUGGCGUAACGGACGAUGGCAACAAGAGUAUUGAAAAUAGCAGUGACAGUGGCAACAGCAGCACCAGCCUUAGCAACAGCGACAGCAAUAGCAGCAAUAAGAGCCUCAUCGACAACAGCGGCAUCGGCAAGAGCAGCACCAGCACCAGCCUCAGCAACAGCUCUACCAACGACAAGUUUACUGUCUUGGAAGGUAUCCCCCUGGACAGGAAUUGGUUUUUAUGGUUCCAAAAGAUCAAGGGCAUGAUUGAAAAUGACUACAAAUGUAUCACUGAGCGUAAUUACAAUAAACACACCUGUCGACAAUACAUCAAAGAAAAGCACCAGCUUGUGAAGUCAUUCAACGUGUUUCCAGCAACAACAGUUAAAGAUGGUUUGGUUAUCCCAUCAGUUGACGACCUCUACUCCAAAUUGGAAGAGCAACUAAAAACCAUCCGUUGGUUACAAAAUCAUGGUGUAAGCAACCUGGAUCAACAGUCAAUGCAAAUGUUGCAACGUGUACAGGAGGAUGAGUGUCUUUGGUAUCAUGACCUUUGUAGUGCACUAGGAGCAGCAGGUGCAAUGUUGAAGCCUCUACAGUGCACACUGCAGCCUAUCGCUCCAGCAGUGGACUUUGUUACCGGUUGCACAGUCGACGACUUCUUGCAGUACUUUCUAUCAACGAAGACCAGUGCUCUGUUUUCAGCAGUCCUAGCCAUGUACUGCCAGCCAGAAUCUCAAUGUGCUCUUGAAGAGAUGGUGUCCAAAUUGCAAGCUUCUCACACAUUCAUGUGUAGCAUCUUGUUAUCGGAGGUGUCUGUCAAAUCACUUCACCUGAUCAGCAAACAAAUCGGACGUGCUGAUAUGAAGGCGGACCUUGCUAAUUUGUCUUCGUUUCCAGCAUAUUCACCACUCCUCGACAGCCGUGGGGCAGAGGACCUAUUCGCAACUAUUGAGCAGCUAUUGUUGGUAAUGAUGUACUUAUCUUGGGCACCAACAAUCCUGGAUGUGUUCCAAACCAACGGAAUAAUUGUUGCGUCUGGAAAGAGCUCUGAUGAAGAUAUCAAAACCAUCCAUGAUCUCUUGUCUAUGAGCCUUGGAGACGUGUGUUUGAAGGAUAUGGUGAAGUCUUUGACACAAGUGGCGAACCUGUUCAAAGAUUUUAAUCAAAUCCACUUUGAUUUAGUGACAGAGGUGAACAAACAAGGAGACCUGAUUAAACUGCUGAAAGAACGCAAGGUGUUUACUGAUCCAAGGCUAUGCGAUCGCAUAUGUCACUGGUUACGCAGACAGCCGUGUGGAGGGUCUGUGGACUGCAGCUAUCUGGUCUCUCUGAUUGCUAGCAAUGACUGCUUAGCUCCAUUCAUUCAGCCCAAACCAUCGAGCCUUUGUGAUGCCAUUGGCAGAGUUAAGCGGCUUCAACCAACUCCAGAGACCAUUGAACAUGUCAGGGCAGCGGGUCAGAAAGUGGUCCGUUCCAGUCAGAUGCAACGAAGCAACACGGAGAAUAUAUUGGUUCCCAACAAUGAGAAACUGGAAAUUUCAACGGAUACUAAACCUUCCUGGGCAGGCUCUUUGAUUGGAGAAAUUUGGUCACGCUUAAAUAAACUGAACACAACAGAAUCACAGGAUCCGAGUUUGGCAAUGGAUCUGCAUUAUCUGUUGCUGACGCAAUCAAUUUCAGGCACACCAGAUGUUGACGCUCUUCAUGUCCUCUUCAACAAAUGGAAUGCCAACUUGGCGGACAUGUCCAAGACGCUCUGCGAUAGUAUACCUCAAGUCUGUGAAGUAUUCCAAACAAUGUUCAAGGAAAUGGAUGACGUCUCCGCUCAGAUGAUCCCAUGCCUCCUGUAUCUUCACGAUCAAAUACAAAAUCUCCUGGCAAGGAUGGGUUAUCAGAAAUUUGGCAAGACUUCAAUGAGAAAGUCACUGAUUACCAUGUUGCAAGAAUGUAUUGUUACUUGUAUGGCUAGCUUCCCAGACCAGCUUGAUUCACUGUUCAUCUCUGAAAAGAAGUGUACAAAGAACAUGAGAUCCCUUGUGGAAUUCAAUACGCAGUCGAAAGGCCGCAAGGUAUUUGCACAACUUGCCCAGCAGCUCUCAAGUUGUACUGAUUUCUACGACCCAGGCACACGAGUCAUGGAGGCAUAUCAGACAAUGCUACGACUUGACAUCAAGCACAGCUCCUUGAAUGGCGAACAGUGGACGUUCUGGCGCGAGCACCACUUCCGUCAAGAACAUUUCACCCUGCUACAAUCCAAGGGAGUUGUAGGGACCUUCUUGAAUGGUUUUCAGAACACACUGGACAAAUGUAAACAGGCUGGAUUGUUCAUUCCUCUUGGAGUUCAAGCUAUGUGUCUAAUCAUCAAAGGGCGCUACAGCAUUUCAGCUACCACUCAGCAAGAUAAGCUGUCUCCAAUGAAGGCGUGUGAGCUUAUUCAGCAGUACAAUGGUUAA